AUGAAGUUCGUGCUAUCUGCUCUUCAAGUAAAUGAGAAAUCCGAUCUGGUAAUUAGAUAUACGAAGCCAAAUAAAUGAAGUUCUUUUUUGAGUACAUCUGGCGUUUUGUUUGGCUUUUUCCCAAAGAAAGAAUUCCGCUUGGCCUCAUUUAGUGACAGACUCCUUACAAUCUGUCAGUUGAAGGAUUCAUUCAGUACCUGCGGAGCUUCAGUCAAGUUUUCCUCAACUAGUAUGCGAGCUCAGAUUUGGUUCGUUUUCAUCCCGUUCCUUGUAAUCCUCUCAUCAUCAAAAGGAACUCCUGUUACCCAGUCACCGUCUAGAGUACCAAAUCCGACCGGAUCUUUAGAUAAACGAGGUGAGACCAAUCGCAAUGUUGUCGUUUAUAUUUGCUUUCCUAUAAGCUCAAAGCCUUUGUUUGGAUGAUAACCCAGUAAUUCUCUAUCCCAAUGUUGAGUGGUUGAGCAAGUGCUCGUGAGACAAAAUUCUAUUUGUCUAGACCCUUCACAUCCGACAAGUUAUCAAUGUGUAACUUGCGGUCGCGCGAUUUCGAUCCACUGUCUCACAAAAAGAUGGUGAGAAUAGACAAAAAAAAGCUUGAUUUUAAGAUUGCAUAUGGCUACUGAUAUAGCACAAUCUCUACGACAUUGAAAAGAACCAGAGUUUGUAUAAUGAUGCUAUUCUUUGCUAUUCCAUGAUGGAAGCGUUGCAGAUGAUUUGUGUCACAUGCAAAACAGAAAACCUGCCGCAUCCCACACAUUUAUGAGCACCCUGUUGAUUUAAGAACAUAUAGUGACAAUUUGACACUCAAUAGAUAAUCAUUUCAUUGCAAUUUCAUUUCUGUGAGACUUUCGUUUCAUGCAAAGAGGCAUUCCUCGUUGUACUGAUAUUCUGCCAUUCUGCCAUUCUGCCAUUCCACCAUUCCACUGGUCUAUCAUUACGCAGAAUAGGGUCACGGUUACAUGUUCUCUCUUUAAAGAAAAAACAUUUCCUGUAAGUUUUCAUGUAUGCCGAUCACACCUUUAAAGACAUUUCUGUAAAGAAAAGCUUCGUUUUUUCACGUGCCAUCCUAAAAUGAUUUUGAGAUGUUAUCGUCUUCUGCAGCACUCCGGAACAAACAGUAAUUAGCGUCGGAAAUUGGUUGAAGAUCGGAAUUCUAUCGUUACUCAUUAUCACUCGUUCUCACUCGCUCACUCACUCGCUUAUCUCGACAAAGUAUGUGGCAGCCACAAAAAUAGUAGAUAGGGGAUGUUAUCUUGUUAAAGUAUAAAUCAGUGCAAGAACAUGAAUGAUACCCAGAGGGGAAAAUUACUAAUUGGAUCUUUCAAUUUGUAAGGGUACACCAAUUAUUAGCUGCUUUGUAGCUCUUUGUCAGGCUGCUUCUCUCUAAGGCCUUGGUCGCACUAGCGCUUUUUUAUUUGUUUAAGUGAAAAAUGUGUCGACAAUUAAUGUAAAGUAUUAUUCCGCUAGUGUAAUUUGGCACGCGAUGGCAGGAUUUUCCUCGUCCAACCGACCCUUUUUCUUUUUAGAAUUCUCCACCGAAUACGUUAAGGAAAAUCACUGUGUAACGCUGGUUCGACAAUCAAAAGGACUUUAUCUUUUUGAUUUCUUGCGUUUAUUUACGAUCCAUACAAUAUCCGAACUUUCUACAUUCAAACGAUCUCGAUCUUUCUGUUACAAAAUAGGGAUUCUAUUUAUCUGAUAUAGAAUCACUAUUUUGUAACUGAAAGAUCGAGAUUGUUUGAAUGUGGAAAGUUCGGAUAUUGCAUUGAUCUUAAAUAAACUACGUAAAACCAAGAUUGAGAUUACUUAUUCGUGAUUUACUAAAAAUCCUAAGCUGUUUGUAGCGCUGUUGUUGUGUCUUCUGUUGUAGCUAUGUCCUCACACCUAAUAACCAAUAGAAUGCGGUUUAUUUCUUCCAAUCAGAGUGCGUUGUGAUCGUGUCUUCAGCGUGUCACUUCCCAACUAGGGAGAAAAGCAAUGCAAAAGUGUAAGAAGAUCGUAAAGAUUUUCUCGCUCGAAGUUAGAGAAUUUCAAAAGGGGUAAAUUCUGUGAAAUUCGUCCUUUAAGUGGAAUGCAACCUACUGACUUGCCGUAGCCAUCUUUACUCCUAUUUUCCAUUUGAUCAGUGAAUUCUAGAAAAACGGGGUAAAUUAUGUGAUAUUCAUCCUUUUUGUAAUCCUUGGAUUAUAUCCCACUGACUUGCCAUAGCUAUCUUUACCUUGAUUUUCGAUUUGAUCACUGUGUGAAUUUGUCAUAAACGGGGUAAAUUAUGACAAAUCCACCCACAAGCGCAAUAUAUCCUACAAUGAUUUAGAAACAGUACUAAAAAAAGAUCACAAAACAACAACAACAACAACAACAAAUUCAUUGUAUACAUUGACAAUACAUAGUUUAGGAACCCAUUUAUAUCUUUACCAGCGACAUCCAAUGUUCAACAUGAAAGUCCAUUCAUCUGCUGUUACAAGAGAACUGGUUUUAUUUAAACGCAAGAGACUUUGAGAAGGUUUCGGGAUAAAAUAGACCGACGAACUGUGGUUGCUGAUUAUUCACCCCUGUGUCUCGGUCGGUGGUUUUUGUUUAGGUAAUUGAAAGAGAGGAUGGAAAGCGAGCAUGGCUCAGGGGAUAGUGUUUUUUCGGGAACAGCUUCCGUACUGGCUUUUAUGUUAUGUUCGUGCUCAUAAGUUUCACGUGAGGAAUUUGGUUUUCAAAGAUCAUUGUCUUUCUGAUCAGCUUGAUCCCACAGAGCGCCCUGUGACAGUAUGAAACCACAGGCGGCCCAAGCAAGUACAUAAGAAAACGUGUACUUAGAAAACCUCAAAAUAUGGGUUCCCUUCAACGUAGUAAGCAGUCAGAUAACAAGCAAUGCACUGUGGAAGUAAGGUGAGGUUUUUUAGUGAGAAUUUCACUUAUCCUCAAAAACAGUCAAUGAUCUAACGGAAGUAUUAUUCACUCUCAUCUACGAUUCAUUCAUGUACGAAGAUUUACCUCUGUUCAUUGAGUAAACGGCGAGGAAAGUAAUUGUGAGUAAAUUCAAAUUUUUUAUUUCGAAGUUGUGAGAGUUUUGUUCUUUUGUUCGGCAGCAACGACGUGUGUAAAUCUGGUCUUUCCUCCGCAAAAACUGAAUUCGAAUGGCACACUCCAACGAAACACACGGGGAUUCAAUGCGGCCUUUUCUCAUUAAAUUCCUUCAGUUUCUGUCGUGCAAUUUACAGUACAAACGUCCAAAUUGAACGGACUUGGAAAGACUCAACGAGUGCGUAUAUUUGUUGUAGAACUUAAAUUAAAACUUCGCUCGCUCUUUCACUACGAACAAAUUGUUUGAGAAAAUUCAGAUAUUAAAUGAAUGAAAGUUCCAUCGUUCAGUUGAAAUGUAACCAAUCACUUCACGUUUCAACUUUCUUGUACUUUUUGUGAACGAUUAAAUUUAAUUGUAGACGGUUUUUAGGCCGCUUGUCAACCAACGUAAUGACACUAUUGCUUAUACAAAUUCAUUCUGAAAACAAUAUUUUUCUGUCAACCAAAGUGAUUUGAGAGAGAGAAAAGAGAGGAUUCAUAAGUUAUUUAUCGGCUUGAGGUAGUGACCGACGUGUUUGCUUAAAAAUACUUCCCAGCCGGAAAAACGAGAUAUAUUUAUGAAAAAUGGCAACGAAUGAAGGGAUGUACUCGGCGACUCACGAAAGCGUUACCGUGGCCCGUGGGCAGAGAUAGGAAAAUACUGACCAGGUAAAGAACCAAUCAGAUUGCAGAAUUCAUUACCGUGCCCUCUAGAAAAAAAAAUUUUAUGUCGACGAACCAUACUCUCUGAUCUUCAACUAUUAAAGAAAAUAAAACAAUUGCGAUAUGACGCCACAUUGUGCAUUUGUCUUAGCUUGUGGGUAAUGUAAAUUGUUGUCAUUAGAGUCGCAAGUCGAGCAAUGAAGACUGUAAAUAAAGCAAGACUGCAAAUAAAGCGUGAACAAUAACGCAUGCUUUGGUCGAAAAUUACUUUGUUAUUUACGCGGCAAGUUGUUCUUCCACGUCUGGGUUAACAACGAUGCAAUCACACGGCGUUAACUAAGAAACGAUAGAACCUCAAAGGAAGCAAUGUGUGUGAGAGAGACCAAUGAUCUGUGGAUAGCAAGUUUUCCUGAAAUCAGCAAGAGGUUGUUCAUCCGUUGUUACCGGAAAAUACUGGUCAAACUUUCCACUUAUCCCGACCCCCUUCAAUGAGAACUUUUGCUUGAACACAGAACUACAACGGAGUUUCUCCGAACAUUCUUGCUACAAGACUAUAAUUACCGUGGUACGCUCAGUUAUACACCUAAAUCUGAAGUAACUCAACUUUCAUCAAACCCUUAGCUUAAUUUCUUAAUUAGAAAGUAAAAUAUCACGCCUAUGCUUACAAAGAUUGUCGCGACAUUCUUUCGAGGGAAACGAGGUAUUUGAGAGAGAAAUUUUUUGGGGGAGGGGGGUGCGCUUAUUAGUAUAUUAGUCCUGUUGCUAAUAGCAUAGUAACAGGACAAAAAAGUAAAAUAACAGUAACUCACAUAGGAAACUCUGCAAGCACAUGGAGAUAGAAAUAACUGUAAUCAGGAGCCCAUCACUCUUAACUCCCGCUGGAAUGGACAAGAAAGUAAUCUCUUAUGCCAAGAGAAUAUCAUUUGAUAUUCUCUUGCCUUCACUGAUCUCGCUGUAGUUGAAGCCUAAAAAUGUUUGGAUAGUUGAAGCCUUUUUUCAGCUCUGCAACAGUUAGCGCAAUGUAUUUCCAUAUAAGAUGACUCUGAAUAAGAGCUAAUAACAGACGUUGAGUGAACCAAUCAGAGCUCUAGAAAUGCAAUAUUUGGAGUUGAAACAUUAAUAGCGAAAGAUCUUCGGGGUUUGCGUAGCCAGUUAAAACGCUCCUACAACAACCCAUGUUUUACGUAAUACUAAAUAAUAUUAUCUGGAACAAUUUCAAUUUUUCUCCAUAUUUUUAUAGAGGCUUGCAAAUUCGACUUUGAAAAUGGGCUCCAUGGCUGGGAAAAGACUGGCACAGCUUUCAAUAACCAGCCGACAUACGGUGACAACCCUACAGCUCGGAAUCGGGGACAACCUGCCAAACAGCAAGGGGAUUGGUGGAUUGGGGGUGCCGAAGACAGACCAUCAAAUGUGUCAAAGGCAGGACUACUGCAAGGUGACAGACCACAGGGAACCAUCACUUCGCCACCCUUUGCAAUCAUGGGCAGUACCAUUGCAUUCCUCAUCGGUGGAGGCUGUGAUAUAAACUCUGUUCGCGCUGAAUUGAUUGUCAAUAACAAGGUAAGAAUCAUGAAUGUAAAUACUUUCGAAUGAGUAAAACUACAGAGAAAGGAGGAAUCAGAAACGAUUUUGAGAGAAAAGAGGUUGUGGGCGUUUGUCACCGUGAUAUGAGAGUGAGUUUAAUCGGGAGCUCGACAUCAAAAUUAAUCUGGAAACGAGCCUGAAAAGAAUCGGAAACGUAAGAAGGAGGAAUUUCCAGGAAAUUCCUGUUCGAGAUUGAAAGCCACCCAGUCAAAUCACUCUCUUUUUGAUAAAGCGGAUUAUCGUAAAUGAAAUACAUCUCACCGUAUAAAAUCAGCGAAAUAGGAAAUUAUCAACUGCUUACAAUAUUUUUUAACUGAAUGCCUUAUGCUAAUAUUCUAUUUCCAUUCAUAUUCCCAGCACCAAGAUAAGAAAGCUCUUAUAAUGCUUCCAAAUAAUAUGUGUUUAAAUUUAUCGUUUAACAUCUGAUUACAGCCAACUGGCCGAUUACGACUGUAAAAAAUUAUCAGUGAAAAAUAAAGUAGCUAAUGUACCAAUCACAUAUGAGGAAAUUGUAAUUAAUUGUUAUGAUUAAAAAUCAAACGGCUGAAAAAAUGGCUUUUUCUUUGUUCUACCACUUAACAAACACUUUAGCGAAUAGCCUCGGUAGAACUGAGAGAAUUCAGAGAGGAAACGGGGAAGGUAGCGAACGCUUUUGCAGAAACUAGAAACGCCUGUAUUCAUCAUGAGUUCAAAAGGGACAUCUUUACAAUCUAUCCACGAUGCACAGCCCUAGAGGGUUCCUUGAACAAAUCUAUUAUUUCCUCGAGUCUCAUUUCCGGCCCUGUGACAACGAGCUUUGGUUUUCCAGCUAGUAAAUCACUUUGGCCUUUGAAAACAUUUAAAUUAAACCUUGCUCUGUCAAAUCUCUUUUAUAGCGCGGCGCGUCUCAUACAUCCUAACUGAUUGAGGAUUACUUCACUGUUCAUACUGUUCCAUGGAUGAUUCUUUUUUUCGCCUUUUACUGGAUACACAUAUCGCGAGAGAGCCAUGAAAUUUUUUUUUACCUCACUUCCUUUACGAGACAGAUCUUCUCCCAAUUUUUAUUUCUUCUGGCUUCUUUGCUUAUUUUUCGCUCUAACUAUACUAAUGCUUGUUCACCAGAAGAACUUUUUGAAAGAUGUGCGUAGAAAAUUAAUCAAAAUCUCUUUUUUCCCCGAGUGACUCGUGAGAUUACAUAUUCUCUCAGUUGUUUUGAUACUCCUUCACUCGCUUUUUAGGUUGUGCGAAGAACAACCGGUAAGUGCCAUGAAACAAUGACCCGUCAAUUCUGGUAUGUUCGAGACUUUAUUGGUCAACUUGCUCAGGUCAAAUUGGUUGACUUCAGCUCUCGUGGAUGGGGUCACAUCAACUUUGACGAUCUUGAAGGCGACAUAACCUGCUCAAACCUGGAAAACACUGGUAUUUAUUUAGCUUAGGAGGUUUAAAAUUCUAAGGUGAAUAUUAUAGGGUCAACUUGUGACAAUUUACAAGAAAAAAUUUCUAAUAUAAAUUCAUCCUGGAACUAGCAGGAGAAGUAAACUGUUUGGAUCAGCUUUCAUGAACGAUAAAAACCGACUGAGUCAGUUAUCCUCGGAUGAUAUGUAGUUAUUGACAGAAUGAGAGGGCCGCACGGGAAAACAUUUGCCUGGGUGCACUUGGUCUGUUUGUCACGACCGAAAACCACUGUAUUAAUCAUAUGAACAUUAAGUCUUGAAAAUUUUGAGAUUAUGUUUGAAUUUAAAUAAGGCGCGAUUUCAAACAGAAGAACGACGAGCGCUUACCUAAAAGCAUUAUAACACGAAAGCUUUUUCCUUUGUUUCCCCUAGUCAGAACAAGAAACUCACUCUUCGACAAAAUACGCAACUUUUUCUUUGAUUACUGUUUUAUUUUGUCUUUGAAACCGAGCCGCACGGGUGCGGGGCUGGACGGCUUUUCUCGACCAGCAUACGUCAACCCGUCCUGCCUUUUGUCAAUCAGGUUUAACUAUACGGUUUUCUACAGGAUUGCACGGGCUGGGCUUUACGACCGAUAUCAUAAAAACUGAUAUGUCUAAAGAAAGCUGCGUGUUCGACUUCGAAGAAGGUAUUGACGGCUGGCAUAGAACCGGUUCAGCGUUUGACAACCAGCCUACACAUGGUGACAACCCGACAGCUCGUAGAAGAGAACAGCCUGUCAAUCAACAAAGGAACUGGCGGAUUGGAGGAUACGAGAGCUGGCCUUCAAAAUCGGCUCCUGCAGGAUACGCACAACGAGACAAGCCACAAGGGACUCUUACGACUCCAUCAUUUAUCAUUGGGGGAAAAUACAUUACAUUCUUGAUCGGUGGAGGUUGUAACAUCAAUUCCGUUCGUGCUGAACUGAUUAUUGAUUAUGAGGUAUAAGUCAACAAAAGGUCAUUUACUGAAUCACCUUGGUGUUAAUGAAAGCUACUUCAAAACGUUCACUAGCUAUCAAUUUUUGUGACGGAAAUGAUUGAUUGACUACAAGUAAUACUCAGGUUUAGAGUAAUAUUUUAAGGAACUCGUUGAAGAGCGCAUGUUAGUGGAAGAAACAAUUGAAACUCGCAAAAUACAUCGUUGUUCUGUUUCAGGUUGUCAGAAAAGCGACCGGGAAGUGCCAUGACACAAUGACUCGUAAAUUCUGGGAAGUUGGAGACUUCAUUGGCCGAACUGCGCAAGUCAAACUGGUGGACUUUAGCUCUCGCAGAUGGGGUCACAUCAACUUUGAUGAUCUUGAAGGGGACAUAACCUGCUCAAACCUGGAAAACACUGGUAUUUAUUUAGCUUAGGAGGUUUAAAAUUCUAAGGUGAAUAUUAUAGGGUCAACUUGUGACAAUUUUCAAGAAAAAAUUUCUAAUAUAAAUCCAUCUCGGAAAUAGCUGGAGAAGUAAACUGUUUGGAUCAGCUUUCAUGAACGAUAAAAACUGACUGAGUCAGUUAUCCUAGGAUGAUAAGUAGUUAUUGACAGAAUGAGAGGGCCGCACGGGAAAACAUUUGCCUGGGUGUACUUGGUCUGUUUGUCACGACCGAAAACCAAAUAAGUAUUAAACAUAUGAACAUUGUCUUGGAAAUUUUGAGAUUAUGUUUGAACUUAAAUAAGACGCGAUUUCAAACAGAAGAACGACGAGCGCUUACCUAAAAGCAUUAUAACACGAAAGCUUUUUCCUUUAUUUCCCCUAGUCAGAACAAGAAACUCACUCUUCGUCGAAAUACGCAACUUUUUCUUUCAUUACUGUUUUAUUUUAAGUCUUUGAAACCGAACCGCGCGGGUGCGGGGCCGGACGGCUUUUCUUGACCAGCUUACGUCAACCCGUCGUGCCUUUUGUCAAUCAGGUUUAACUAUACGGUUUUCUACAGGAUUGCACGGGCUGGGCUUUACGACCGAUAUCAUAAAAACUAAAGAAAGCUGCGUGUUCGACUUCGAAGAAGGUAUUGACGGCUGGCAUAGAACCGGUUCAGUGUUUGACAACCAGCCGACAUACGGUGACAACCCGACAGCUCGUAGGAGAGAACAGCCUGCCAAUCAACAAGGGAGCUGGUGGAUUGGAGGAUACGAGAGCCGGCCUUCAAAAUCGGCUCCUGCAGGAUACGCACAACGAGACAAGCCACAAGGGACUCUUACGACUCCAUCAUUCAUCAUUGGGGGAAAAUACAUUACAUUCUUGAUCGGUGGAGGUUGUCACAUCAAUUCCGUUCGUGCUGAACUGAUUAUUGAUUAUGAGGUAUAAUUAAACAAAAGGUCAUUCACUGAAUCACCUUGGUGUUAAUGAAAGCUAUUUCUAAACGUUCAUUUGCUAUCAAUUUUUGUGACGGAAAUGAUUGAUUGACUACAAGCAAUACUCAGGUUUAGAGUAAUAUUUUAAGGAACUCGUUGAAGGGCGCAUGUAAGUGGAAGAAACAAUUGAAACUCGCAAAAUACAUCGUUGUUCUGUUUCAGGUUGUCAGAAAAGCGACCGGGAAGUGUCACGAGACAAUGACUCGUAAAUUCUGGGAAGUUGGAGACUUCAUUGGCCGAACUGCGCAAGUCAAACUGGUGGACUUUAGCUCUCGCAGAUGGGGUCACAUCAACUUUGAUGAUCUGAGAGGUGACAUUACCUGUUCAGCCCCUGAGAACACAGGUACUUAUAUUUCUGUUAGGUUUGAUUCAAACUUCGUUAUCCUAUAUGUGUCUGUUGUGUGGCCACGCAGACUUCUAGGCAAUAUGAAUGGUUAGACUAGAAUCGGCUUGAAAUGAUUUACGAGGUUGAGGAUACUUCAUGCAUUUUCCUGAUUGAGGUGAAACCUCUGUCUCACAGGAGACAUGCGGCAUUGCCUGUGUUGCUUGUACCGGAGACUAAAUACAAAGUUACAUAUGCAAAGGUAAAAAUUUCUCGUGAACCGAACUCAGUUGGUUUUAUAAAAUUAGUCUCCUCUAGUUGUUAAGAGCGUCAAAAAGUCUUAAGUUUAAUUUAACACAAAAGUCAAUUCAGUAAGAACGGUAGGGAAUGUUCUUCCUUUGGUUCAUUACACAGAUAUCCUUGACAAAGCAUUAUGCAGCUUUGACUUUGAAGAAGGACUUGAUGGCUGGGUUAGGACUGGUACAGCAUUUGACAACCAGCCGACCUAUGGAGAUAACCCUACAGCUCGGAACCAAAGACAACCUGCCAAUCAACACGGGGACUGGUGGAUUGGAGGAUACGAGGACCGACCAUCGAAGUGGGCCACAGCAGGACGAAGCCAGUUGGAUGCACCACAGGGAACUCUUACGUCUCCAACAUUUGACAUACAGGGAAAUUAUAUUUCGUUUCUGAUUGGUGGAGGCUGUGACAUAGACACCAUUCGUGCUGAGUUGAUAGUCGAUGACAGAGUGAGUAAGACACUGAAUUUGGUUAAAGCGGGGUUUACCUUGUAGGAAUUGACAAAAAAUAGGCUGGUAAGCCCAAUUAAGAUGGCCAGAUAAUAUUAAUAGUGAAGACAUUUUUCUCCAAUCAUAGACAGAGUCGGGCGAGAGAAUUCUGUUCAUCAGUAGUUCUUUAUGCUACCUAUGAAAUUCACAUCCCAUGAUAAAUUCGACAACACCAGCUACUCCUUCUAGUUCAAAUGUGUGCAAGGAAUCCUUGCAGCUAAAAUUACAUAUGCGUUAUUAAUCAAGCGUGAGGUCAAGAUGGCUAGAUAUUGGCCGAGUUCUUUGUUUCUGUGUGUUUUUAUGGAUUGAGGCGAAGUCGAGGUCCAUAACAACGCAAAUCGAGAACUCGAACAAUAACCAGCCAUCUUGACCUAACAAGCAUGGUCAGUAAAGGAUUUACAAUAUAGCAAAAAGAUUUCGCAAAAUGGGUAGCUAAUCAAAACACAGGAUUCUGCUUCAUAUUGCCCACUGACGCUGCCGGCUAUAUAAUAGGAAGUAAUUCUAGUAGAAUGUGGGGGGAUUGUGUUACACAACCAAUCAGAGAGGGGGAUUAUGUACCACAUGGUACAAACGAAUCAAUGCCAUCUACCAUCUUGGAUGCCGAUCCAGCCAUAUCCUUAGUUUGUUUGUACCACUUGGUGCAUAAUACUCUACUCUGAUCUGCUGUCUGCCACAAUGCCCCUGUAUAUUUCUAAAGUUAGCAAACAUAUUACAAAGUUUAAAAAGCUGUGCCUUCCUCCUUAAGUUUUUUCCUUAGCUGAGAGAAUCACACCAAAAAUUCUUUAUCUCUUUCAGGUUGUCAGGAAUGCAACUGGUAAUUGCCACGAGACAAUGACACGAAAAUUCUGGCAUGUUGGAGAUCUUCUCGGUCAUUUUGCACAAGUGCGUCUGGUCGAUUUUAGCUCUGAAGGUUGGGGUCACAUCAAUUUUGACGAUAUGAAAGGCGACAUAACUUGCAGGGGCUCUAACGAAGACAUUGACACUUUCCUUUAAGUUUUCGAUUAGAAAAUGAAAAACAGUCAGAGUAUUCCGUAGAAGGUUAUCUAAUAAAUGGAUAAACUCAAGCAAUCAAAGUAAUAAUUUUCAUUUUCACCUCUUGUUUCUGUUUGUAAAUCUGCUUGUUUGUUUCUUUAGUAUUUCUGUAUGAGACAAUGUAUCCGCGUAGUAAAUGUACUGGACUCUGCUGCACUCUUAUAGAGCUCAAAAUAGGGACACCAUGUUGGUACCUAUCCAAGGGGCAUUAACAUGGCGGCCAUGAAGUAACGUAAUUAUUUCUUGCCAUUUUUGGCCUCUAGGGUAACUAGUUAUCCACCGUGGAUAAAAGCACAUAGCGAUCAUUGCUUCGAUCGCGGUUGGAAAUUUUGAAUGAACCAGACACAAGUUCUUUUAAAUGAACCAGUUCUGAUGUCAAGAAAGUAUAUCCGACAUAAGUUGUCUUCAUUCCCUUUAUGUACCACAGUAGUAUUAACGUGGAAAUUGUGUAAUUGAGAACAUAUAUUAUAAAAAAAUGACUUUUUAGACAAGCACUGAAACAUGUUCCUGUUUUUUAAAAUUAAAUUGGCCGGUUACCAUACUAUUGUUUGGAUUUUGCCCCCUUCGUAUAAACGCCUCACUCGAAUAAUGAAAAAAUUUAAUAAAAGGUUUGGCGUUUAAUC